AUGGAAGAAGAGCAAUCAACCACCACUACCUCUUCUCUUGGUUCAACCAGCUCUGCAGAAUGUGAAGCGGGGAAGAAGUGUAACAGAGCGAAUAAGCAGCAAGUAGUCGGAAACGGAAACGAGAAAAGAGCAAAGAGCGAUGGGAGUGAAGAAGGUAGUAAGCAGCAUUCAAUGUAUAGAGGCGUUCGAAGGCGUGAAUGGGGGAAAUGGGUAUCAGAAAUCAGAGAGCCGAGAAAGAAGUCGAGAAUAUGGCUCGGGACAUUUGAGACACCCGAAAUGGCAGCUCGAGCUCAUGACGUAGCGGCUCUGACGAUCAAAGGCCGGUCAGCCUAUUUAAACUUCCCUGAGCUAGCUGAGGAGCUUCCGCGUCCAGCUAGCUCAUCGCCGAAGGACAUCCAAGCUGCUGCGGCGAAAGCGGCUGCUCUUAGCUACUCUAACUGCAUCAGUAGCCAUGAACCUCAAGAAGCGGAAGAAGCCCGGCCGGGUCAAAAUUCAUUAACGUCUUCACCAUUUUCAGAUGAACAUAACGAUGACACAUUUUAUGACCUCCCUGAUCUGCAGUUAGAUGUUGUGCGUCACCACGGUGACCAUGAGUACAACUUUCCGGUUGCGAUGUGGCAGCUCGCUAGAACCGAUCUGAUGGAUACAAGUCUCGGAAUUGAAGAGUCUUUCUUCUGGGAUUAA